AUGGCUACUGAGACCACCCUCCUCGGCCUGCGCGCACAGCUCAUUGCAAACAUGAAGAUUAUGGGCAUGGGCAGCGCUGAAGUCGUUACCCUCAUGAAUGCGGACAAGCACUGGCAGGCUGUCACCGUCCGGGACUCGAAGAUCGUCGAUCAGCUUGAAAACUGGUAUGACACCAAGGAGGCCGCGUUGGAGGCUAUGCUCAGGAUGUACAGCUACUCUCUGUACUGCAAGUUCUACAAGCAGCUCAAUUUCUCAUCAUCCACUCCUCCAUCUCUCGCACCCCAUCUAAACUUGAUCAAAGACCACUCACGCUAUCAUGCGCUCAUCCGCGGAACACAAACAAUGAGUUUCUCUACCAACUCGGCCUUUCGGCCUCAUCCCACCGCUGCCUCGUCCACCGCAAUCAACACCAACUUGACAUCGCCACAAUGCCGACUACCGAUCCCACACGAUCUUCUUAUGAGUGAGAGUGAUGACCUGCGCUUCCAGAUCUUCAGCAGAUUACGAUACACGAGUUUGGCGCAGGAGAGUGCUGAGCAGAGUCUGAGUGCUGUGUUGAGGCUCGUGAGAGGGGACGUGGAGACUGCGAAGUGGGAGGAGGAGGAGAUCGAAGAUCACUUGCAUGAGGAACAGUCGUAUGCUGACGAUUAG